GCUUAGAGUGACAGUUCUCGGACUGUUUUAAGAAAUGGCAGACAAGCCCGACAUGGCGGAAAUUGCCGGCUUCGAUAAGGCCAAGCUGAAGACGAUGGAGACGCAGGAGAAGAACACCCUGCCAACCAAAGAGACCAUUGAGCAGGAGAAGCAAGCGAAGUGAAAUUUCCUAACAACCUGGAGGAUUCUCCACCCCCAUCAUUUUGGAGACCCUAGUCAUGAUGUGGAGGAAGAGCCACCUGCAAGAUGGACACGAGCAACAAGCUGCACUGUGAACCUGGGCACUCCGUGCC